AUGUCCACCAGAUGCAAGCUGAACACCGGAGCCGAAAUCCCAGCCAUUGGAUUCGGCACCUGGCAGGAUGAAAGCGCCCAAGAAGACGCCGUUGUCGAGGCGAUCAAAGCAGGAUAUCGACACAUCGAUACUGCGCGAGUCUACGGAACCGAGAAAGCCGUCGGACAAGGCGUCAGGAAAAGUGGCGUCCCACGCAAAGAUAUCUUCAUCACGACCAAACUCUGGAGCAAUAAGCACCAUCCUGACGACGUGGCCCCGGCGCUGCAGCAAUCCCUCGAUGACCUGGGCAUGGACUAUGUGGAUCUGUAUCUCAUGCACUGGCCCAUGGCCUGGAAGCGAGGGGAGGAUCCGUUCCCGAAACAGAAUGGGAAGCCGGUGAUGGAGGAUAUCGACUUUGUCGAUACCUACAAAGCAAUGGAAAAGCUGUUGCAGACAGGCAAGGUCAAGGCCAUCGGCGUGUCAAAUUUCUCCAAAGCAGAGAUGGAGCGACUAGUCCAGAACACUUCUGUCGUACCGGCCGUCCAUCAGCUGGAAUGCCACCCAUGGCUGCAACAACAUGAAUUUACAGCGUGGCACCGGGUCAAGGGGAUCCAUAUCACGCACUACUCGCCAUUUGGAAACCAAAAUGCCAUGUACAGCGGCAAGGGCGGGGCCACUAAGCUGAUCGAUGAGCCUCUGCUUGCGGAGAUCGGCAAGAAAUACACAAAAAGUGCUGCUCAGGUUGCUCUUGCUUGGGGCGUCACUCAAGGCCACUCAGUCCUUCCCAAGUCGAAGACUCCCUCGAGGAUCAAGGGCAAUUUUGGAGGGGAUUUCAAGCUCAUUCCGGAUGAUAUGAAGAAGAUCCAGACUAUUAACAGGAAAAUCCGGUUCAAUGACAGCAGCGGGACGUUUGGGAGAGAUUUCUUCAUGGAUCUGGAGGGAAAGUGA